AUGUCAGACAUGGCAGUCGACCAGGAGACGUUCGCGUCUGGACGCUACUCGAAGCGCAAGAGGACGCAAGUGACGUAUUCUCUCGCCGAACUUGACGUCUCAGACUCUGAAUCCGACUACGAUGCUCCACAGUCCAAGAAACACAAGGCCCAGAUCAAUUCCAGGCCUCUCCCGAAGCGCAAGAUCUUCCCGUUCAUGCAACUCCCCGCCGAAAUUCGCAACAUGAUCUAUUCCUACGCCCUCACCGACCCCUCGGGCAUCAACUUCGUCGCAACAACCAAGCACAAGCGCCGCACCGUCGAACGUGUCUCUGAAGAAACGCAGUCCGGAUUGUCGAGGGGCUGGUACCGCAGGGGCCGUAUAAACGACCAAGUGCGAGCCCAGUACAAAGAGCCCGUCUCCCUGGUACCAUCGUUGUUGGCGGUGAGCGCGCAAGUCUACUUUGAAGCCCAGGACGUUCUGUAUGGAAACGAGUUUGUGUUUGCCGACACAAGCGCGCUGUACUCCUUCCUCAUCAACCUUGGCCCCAGUGGCGCAAAGCGCCUCAAGACGCUGCGCUUGCUCGGCUGGUCGUACGGUCGCGCUUCAAAAGCGUACAACAAUGCGUGUUUCGCCGUUCUCGUGUGGGCUACAAACAUCACUGCUUUUCACGUUGACGCUUUCCAUGGAUGGUUCCGUAGUAUCCAAACCGGCGCCGAUCGAAUCUACCGUGACGCGUUCCCGUGGUUAGAGGCCAUGGGUAGGGAAGCAGGAAAGGCGGAUGCUGCUGUCGACGUGUUGAGAAUCAACGCCAGGAUAUUGAGGACGUGGCAGUGCAACGGUACGAGCCAGCUCGUGACGGAUGAGCAGAGGUACGCCGAGUUCAAAGCCAUGUUGAGUAAGCUGCUAGCUGGGCACCAGAAGAGAGUCAUGGCAAAACCGUCUAAGAAGCGGAAGGUGUCGAAGGAUGUGGAGGCGAAUGAGGAGUGA